AUGGCUCCAUCGAAACUCCCCACUCGCAAGAUUGGCACCACAGACGUCUGUGCUAUGGGCUACGGCGCCAUGGGUCUCGGCGCUGUGUACGGCGACCACCUCUCGCAGGAGGAGCGCUUCAAAGUCCUUGACGCCUUGUACGAAAUGGGGUGCACCAACUGGGACACGGCGGACAUCUAUGCCGACAGUGAAGACACGAUUGGCGCGUGGUUCAAGAAGACAGGGAAGAGGAAUGAGAUCUUCCUCGCCACCAAGUUCGGGUUCACCAUCGGGAACCCUGAUGCUAAGAAGCCUAUCAGCGGCGAUCCGGAAUACGUCCACGCAUCAAUGGCGAAGUCGCUCUCGCGCCUGGGUGUAGACUCCGUUGAUCUCUACUAUUUCCAUCGACCUGACCCCACGGUGCCUAUCGAGGUUACCGUCGGCGCGAUGGCAGAGUUAGUCAAACAAGGAAAAACCAAGUACAUCGGUCUCUCCGAAGUCUCCGCUUCAACUCUUCGCCGCGCCCACGCCGUCCACCCUAUUGCAGCCGUGCAAGUCGAGUACUCGCCCUUCGUGCUCGACAUCGAGGACGAGAAGAUCGGCCUGCUCGCCGCCGCGCGCGAGCUCGGUGUCGCCAUCGUCGCGUACUCGCCCCUCGGCCGCGGGUUGAUCACUGGCCGCUACCGCAGCCCGGAUGACUUGCCCCCCGACGACUUCCGGCGCAGUGUCCCGCGCUACUCUGCCGCCAAUUUCCCGAACAUCCUUGCCAUCGCCGACGACCUCGCGAAGAUCGGAAAAGCGCACGGCGCGACCGCGGGCCAGGUCGCACUUGCGUGGCUCCUCGCGCAGGGCCCCGACGUGAUUCCCAUCCCUGGGUCAACCAAGAUCGCGAACUUGAAAGAAAACCUGGGCGCACUGGAGUUGACGCUGACGCCGGAUGAGGCUGAGGAAGUGCGGCGCAUCGCUGAGAUGGCGGAUGCGUUGCCGGGCGCGCGGUACCCGCCUGGACUGGCUGAGAUGCUGUUCGCGGACACUCCGUCGCUCACAACCUGA